AUGCCCACUCCUAUGCUUUCUAUCUUUAAACGUCGGCUUUUCUCUGUCUUUCUCUUUUUCUUCUUUCCUUUUUUUCUUUCUCUCUUUCAUUCUUUUUUUUUCUUUCUCUCUCUUUUCCUCAUUCUCUUUCUUUCACCUUUUCUUUAUUCUCUUUCUUUCUUUCAUUCUUUCUCUCUUUAUUCCCUCUUUAUUUCUCUCUUUCUUAUCCACUUUCCACUAAUCAUAUUUUUUUUAAUUUCUAAAUUUUUUUCUCUGUUUAUUGAUAAUAUUCCCGACUGCCUUAAAUCUCCUAAUUUCUUUCUUUGUUCCUCUUCCCACGCCUCCUGCCUUUCGCGCCCUUUCGUCCUUCCACCCAUCCAUCAAAUAUGUCUUCCCUUCUUUUCUCCCUACAUCCACUCUUCCUUCCUUCUUUCCUUCCUCGUCCUAAUCCAACUAUCCUAUCGAUCCUGCAACUUCCAGAGAAACUUACCCAUACUCCCAUUCCUCGAUUACGAGUUAGUUUUAUCGUUUCCGUCCGGUUUAGAGGUCUCCGACUAUGACCUCUCUCCAUCCACCAAUCAGUGCAAAGCCGAAGGAUCACGUGACACCACUGCAUUGCUGUGGGACUGGCCAAUCAAAUGCCGUUUUAUGCAUGGCUAG